AGAGCAUGCGCGGGGCUCAGCUCUUGCUCGUGGGCGCGUGGCGUGGUGGCCAUUUGCUGCUGUUGACGACCGUUGGUCGCCCGCGUGUGGGGGCGCGUGGGUGGGGCUGGGGACACAGCCGGUCCAGGCUGUGAGAGGAGGUGUGAAGUCUAAGUGCGAGUGAGUGAGAGGUCUUGAUGAGGUCUUCUUGUCAUGGAGUGCUGCUGGUGUUCUGCUGAACCCAGCACAAGCCCUGGUUUGAGGCUGAGAUCUGCUAGUCAGGAUUGGUGUGUAUCAACAGUCAGGGCGUGCAGCGCUUCAGUUGUCCCACAGCAGGAUCUCUGAACGUCUGAAGUAAGUCAUACUGGGGAAAAUACAGGAAUCCUGAGAAAAGGACCUUAAAAGCUACUGUAGCUGCUAUGGAUGAGAUUCCCGCUGCAGAACCACAAAGUAACGUGGGUUGGAAGAGUGUUGGAGAAGUCAUCUAAUAACCCCCAAGGCAAGGCUGGUUUGCAGCACGUUACUCAGAGGCGUCCGCUUGCGUUUGGAGCAUCUUUGAGGGUGGAAAUUCCAGAGCUUCCUUCAGCCUCUCAUCCAAGACGUUUACAGCUUGGUGCAAUUCCCACCUCAGGAAAGCAGGCACACAGAUUGAGAACAUUGAGGAGGACUUCAGAAAUGGUCUCAAACUGAUGCUGCUCUUGGAAGUUAUUUCAGGGGAAAGACUACCGAAACCAGACAGAGGGAAAAUGCGCUUCCAUAAAAUUGCUAAUGUCAACAAAGCUCUGGAUUAUAUUGCCAGCAAAGGAGUGAAACUUGUGUCCAUUGGUGCAGAAGAAAUUGUUGAUGGCAAUGUGAAAAUGACACUGGGUAUGAUCUGGACCAUCAUCCUUCGCUUUGCUAUUCAAGAUAUUUCAGUGGAAGAGACCUCUGCCAAAGAAGGGCUGCUGCUGUGGUGUCAAAGAAAAACUGCUCCUUACAGAAAUGUGAACAUUCAGAACUUCCAUCUUAGCUGGAAAGAUGGCCUUGGAUUAUGUGCACUUAUCCACAGACACCGACCUGACCUUAUUGACUACUCCAAGCUAAAUAAGGAUGACCCCAUAGGAAAUAUCAACCUUGCCAUGGAAAUUGCUGAGAAACAUCUGGAUAUCCCUAAGAUGUUGGAUGCAGAAGAUAUUGUGAACACUCCCAAACCUGAUGAGAGAGCUAUCAUGACAUAUGUGUCCUGCUUCUACCAUGCUUUUGCUGGAGCAGAGCAGGCUGAGACUGCAGCAAACCGGAUCUGUAAGGUGCUUGCUGUGAAUCAAGAAAAUGAGAGGUUGAUGGAAGAGUAUGAGAGACUUGCAAGUGAGCUUUUAGAAUGGAUUCGCAGGACAAUUCCUUGGCUGGAAAACAGGACCCCGGAAAAAACAAUGCAGGCCAUGCAGAAGAAAUUAGAGGAUUUCCGGGACUACCGCCGCAAACACAAACCUCCCAAAGUUCAAGAGAAAUGUCAGCUGGAGAUCAAUUUCAACACCCUGCAGACAAAACUGAGAAUCAGCAAUCGACCAGCUUUCAUGCCAUCGGAGGGAAAAAUGGUUUCAGAUAUUGCUGGCGCUUGGCAGAGGCUUGAACAAGCUGAGAAAGGCUAUGAAGAGUGGCUGCUGAAUGAAAUACGAAGACUGGAAAGACUUGAACACUUGGCUGAGAAAUUUAGACAGAAGGCUUCCACUCAUGAGCAGUGGGCAUAUGGCAAAGAGCAGAUCUUACUUCAGAAGGAUUAUGAAUCUGCAUCUCUGACAGAAGUCCGUGCCAUGUUGAGGAAACAUGAGGCUUUUGAGAGCGAUUUGGCUGCUCACCAGGACAGGGUGGAACAGAUCGCUGCCAUUGCCCAGGAGCUGAAUGAACUGGACUAUCACGAUGCUGCAAGUGUCAAUGAUCGAUGCCAAAAGAUAUGUGACCAAUGGGACAGCUUGGGAACACUUACUCAGAAAAGGAGAGAGGCACUGGAGAGGACAGAGAAAUUGCUUGAAACAAUUGAUCAGCUUCACCUGGAGUUUGCCAAAAGAGCUGCUCCUUUCAACAACUGGAUGGAAGGUGCUAUGGAAGACCUACAGGACAUGUUUAUUGUUCAUAGCAUAGAGGAAAUUCAGAGUUUAAUCUCUGCACAUGAUCAAUUUAAAGCUACUUUGCCAGAGGCAGAUGGUGAAAGACAGGCCAUACUGUCAAUCCAGAAUGAAGUUGAAAAAGUUAUUCAGAGUUACAGCAUGAGAAUAAGUGCAAGCAAUCCUUACAGCACUGUUACUGUGGAAGAGAUUCGCACCAAGUGGGAAAAGGUGAAGCAGCUGGUACCUCAGAGGGAUCAAUCAUUGCAGGAAGAACUAGCCCGCCAGCAUGCCAAUGAACGCCUGCGUCGCCAGUUUGCUGCUCAGGCCAAUGUCAUUGGGCCAUGGAUCCAGACCAAGAUGGAAGAAAUUGCCCGCAGCUCUAUUGAAAUGACAGGGCCUUUGGAGGACCAGAUGAAUCAGCUGAAGCAAUAUGAGCAAAAUAUCAUUAACUAUAAACACAACAUUGAUAAACUGGAAGGAGAUCAUCAGCUCAUACAAGAAGCCUUGGUGUUUGACAACAAACACACCAACUAUACUAUGGAGCAUAUCCGUGUUGGAUGGGAGCUCCUACUUACUACCAUUGCUCGAACUAUCAAUGAGGUUGAGACUCAGAUCCUCACAAGAGAUGCCAAGGGUAUCACCCAGGAGCAAAUGAAUGACUUCAGAGCAUCAUUCAAUCAUUUUGACAGGAGGAAGAACGGACUGAUGGACCAUGAUGAUUUCAGAGCUUGCUUGAUUUCAAUGGGUUAUGAUUUGGGUGAAGCUGAGUUUGCUAGAAUCAUGUCCUUGGUUGACCCCAAUGGACAAGGAACCGUCACUUUCCAGUCCUUCAUUGACUUCAUGACCAGAGAAACAGCAGAUACAGACACGGCUGAGCAAGUGAUAGCUUCCUUCAGAAUCCUGGCUUCAGAUAAGCCUUAUAUCCUGGCAGAUGAGUUACGUCGAGAGCUGCCUCCUGAGCAGGCUCAGUACUGCAUCAAGAGAAUGCCACAAUACACGGGCCCAGGUUCUGUUCCUGGAGCCCUGGAUUACACCUCUUUUUCAUCAGCACUGUAUGGAGAGAGCGAUCUCUGAUUCUAUAAUUGGCUGUAUUCACAGUAGACACAACAAAUACCACAUCUGAUUGCCCAGAUUGCUUCUCAAAAGGUUUGACAAGCUGAUUAAAAAAAGGAGUUUUACAAAUGCAGUAGGUACCUUCAUUGUAAAGUUCUAUUACUAAAGUAACUAGUGUAUGUUAAUGUGUGCAGCACGCUAGAUUUCUGCAUUGUUGGUUUUAGGUUGUCAGUCCUAUACAAUGCCAGAAAAUAUAUUAAAAAAAAAAAAAGAAAAAAAAAAGAAAAAAAAGAUGCAAGGUAUUAACUUUCUGGAAAUAUCUAUUCUGAAAAUAAAAUGCAAGACCUAAGAACAUUGAAACUGUUGAUUGUUAAGAAUCACAAAGUAUUUAUCCAUUUCUCAGAAUGUUUCAAUGCCACAUAUGCUUCUUUCACAACGUUCAUAAAACCAUGUUUAAACCACACAUCUUACUUUCAUGGAGCAAUGUCAUUUUCCUCUAAUACUUCCUGAUUUUUCAUGCUUCUACUGUUGAAAUUUAGUAAAAUGUUAAAAUUAAGUUUUUCAGGGAAGAAAUAUAUCAAACAAGUAAACUACUUAAUUACUGAAACAAUUAAGAAUGCUAUGUUUUUGUCUCUUAAAGAUGGUUUUAUGUUCUCACAAAGAAUUGUAAUAUAGAUGAAAAAGGCCUGAAAAGCUGAUUAAAAUUGCAGGUUUAGAGUUAUGUAAGCAGUGCUUUUCUUUUAAGCCUUUAACUUUUACAGCUGAGAGUACAACUUUUAUAAUCAGAAAUAAUAGGGAACCUAAUUUUAUGUAACUUGUUUUGUUUUGAAACCCUCAUUCUUGUCUGUGUUGGACAGUCUUUGUUUCUCAGUAUACGAAAGCCUGUCCCUUGUUGCAUUAGCGGGCAACAUUCAUCUCCAUUCUGCAUAAUGCAAAAUCCCAUCUUAGCAAAUGUAUUGUGGUUGUCUUACAGCUUUAACUGUUCAGUGCUCAACUUACAGUUUGUCUUGGUUUCUACUGGUUCACAGGCAGUUCAGUCUGUAUUAUUGUCUUGACUUCUGCUGGUUCACAGGCAGUUCAGUCUGUGUUACGGUCCUGUGCACUAGUAGUUCUACUGUUUUUUUUUUCCAUCUUGAGAAAUGAUUAAAAAUGAAAGCAGUAACUUUUUUACUUGAAUCCUACUGUCACUGAGGAAAUGCAAUGUAAUCAAACAAAACCAUUUACAAAUGGUGAAGUGAGCUGUGCAGCCCAGUGCUAUUAAAGCAAUGAUGUGCCUAUUAAAUAAAGUCUGCUUUUCAAAACA